AAUCAAAAAGUAAAGUCAACUCGAAUUGUCAAAUUGUUAUGUUAAAUGUUUGCAUGGUUUGCAUGCUUGUGAUUGUAAAUGGUUUUCGCGCAUAUAUUGAUUUGUUGAAUUAUUAGAACAGACGUGAUAUCACUCAUUUUAAUUACUUUCAACAGAAUAUAGUGGCUUAGUUGGUAUCACUGCACACUGUCAGAUAUCAUCAGCAUUCUAACCUCAAAACCGCUGAAUUACGAACAGUGUCCUGUAAUCUUCGAAUAAGUUGGAAAUAAAUUGUAAGAGUACACUAUUUCAAGAGUGUAUUAGAAGAAGUAAAUGAGUAAAUCUUAAAACAUGGCAAUGAAUAUACUGCCAAGGCUCCUGACUCGACGAGGUUUACGUAAAAUAUUAUCAGAGGGCACAAAGCUAGCUGGUGCUGAAGUUGUUUCAGUCAGCUUACUGAACAAUAUCUGUAUUCCUUAUUCAACAGUCAACCAUGAGCACCUUUUAAGACAAUUCAGAAGUAAAACACAAUACUAUCAAAAGUAUUAUUCUAUUAAAGCAGCACACCAAAGUGUUGUAGAUGAUUAUCGCAAUGAACACAACAUCACUUGCAUUGGAGAAGAUAUACCUAACCCAUACAUAGAAAUAGAGAAGAGUGAAUUCCCAGAAUAUAUCAAGUCAUUUUUAAAAAAUCAGGGUUUCGAGAAACCAACCAUUAUACAAUCACAAGGAUGGCCUAUUGCUUUGAGUGGUCAGAAUUUUGUAGGAAUUGCACAAACCGGGACUGGCAAAACAUUGGCUUACUUGUUACCAGCUGUUGUUCACAUUAAGGAGAAAAAUGCAAGGAAAGGCUUAGGUCCUAUUGUGCUGGUUCUUGCACCAACAAGAGAACUAGCUCGACAAAUAGAACAGGUGGCAAAAGCUUUUGAAAGAUCCAUGAAAAUUAAAACACUCUGUGUUUAUGGUGGAGCCAGUCGUGCCGUUCAAGCUAGUAAGCUGCAAGAAGGAGUUGAUAUACUUAUUGCUACUCCUGGCAGAUUAAAUGACUUUAUUAUGAGCAAAACCGUCUCAUUGAGUCGAUCAACUUAUGUUGUAUUAGAUGAAGCUGAUAGGAUGUUGGACAUGGGUUUUGAACCUCAAAUACGGCAAGCUUUAGAAGGAGUCCCUCUGGAGAGACAAAUUUUGAUGUUUUCUGCCACUUGGCCUAAAGAAGUGAGACAUCUAGCUAAAGACUACUUGGGAGAGUUUGUGCAAGUUAAUGUAGGGUCCACUGAACUGUCUGCAAACCACAAUAUAAAGCAAAAUGUCCAUAUAUGUGACACAGAUAACAAAAUGACCUUGUUUCAAUCUAUAAUGCAUGAGAUUUCUGGUGAAGGAUUUGGUAAACUGUUAAUUUUCGCGAACACUAAGAAGUUUGUUGAUACUCUGGCUCUCACACUCAGAAGAAAUGGUUGGCCAGCAGAUGGGAUUCAUGGCGAUAAGACUCAGGCCCAAAGAGACAAAAUUAUUAACAAGUUUAAACAUGGUCAUGCAAAUAUUUUAGUUGCAACUGAUGUUGCUGCUCGAGGACUUGAUGUGGAUGGCGUUACACAUGUGAUCAACUAUGACUACCCAAACACGUCCGAAGACUACAUCCAUAGAAUAGGCCGCACUGGUCGUCACGAAAACAAAGGGGUGUCUCACACUAUCCUCACUGAUGAGGACUCGAGGCAAGCCAGCAGUUUGAUUGAAGUUCUCAAAGAAGCUAACCAGGAAAUUCCACAGGACUUAGAAGACUUAGCUCGUUCAUAUGAUAUAUCAAAAAUAAAAGAAAAACAGAUGAAGGCCAGGCCCAGACAAAAUAACUACCAAUACGGACAAAAUAACAGAAGUUACUUCCAAUAUGGUCAAAGCAACAAGUUUAACAGAUUCAACAAAUUCAAAAGCUUUAAAUCCAAGAGAUAUGAUGAUGAUUAUGUGUAAUUAUUUUUAUUUAGCCAAAUAUAGUUCUCUUUGUAACCUGUGUUAUAGCUUGUAGUGCAAUAUAAUGUUCUUAUUGCUA